AGAAAAUCGAGUCUAAAACAUUAACAAAGUACGUUCUAUCUUAUUAUGAAUUGUCGUUUUAAAGCUUUUCUUCAUAUUAAUCGUUUUAAGUGUUAGCAAUGCAAUCAAGAAUAAAAAUUUGAUGUCAACGAAGGAUAAUAAUCAUAAAGUUGAAAAUUGGAAAGAGAAAAUUGAUAAAAAUAAUUAUCAUGAUUAAUGUAUGUAAAUACUAAGGAAUAUAAGUGACGAAAUAGAAAAAAAUACACUGAUUUAAUUAGUUUAGAGUCAAUAGUUUAAAUAGCUUGUGAUUAAGAUGCUUUCAUAAAAAUCUUGUAAUCUUUGAUUUUAAUAAAGUGAAAAGCGAAAAAAGAAGAUAAGAGCGAGAGUGAAUUUUGUGCUGUGAAGAAAGGGGAAAAGUUACACAAAAAAAAGUAAGAAAGAAAAAAAGAAAAAUGGGAGCGAAGGCGAGCACAAAUGGAAAUCAAAGUCCUCGAACAUUCUCUAAUUCAUCUAGCAGUGAUGUUGUAUCAGCUGGAAAUAAUUCCACCAGUUUCAAUUUCUUACGUGCUAUACAUGGCGCUGAAAUGGCAAAUGAUUCGCGACAAAGAGCUCGUAGUAUGUCAUCAGUGCCAGAUAUUCAAUCUACCGGCACUAAUCAUCAUCACCAUUCGAACGCAUAUUCCAAUUAUUCGUCUCACACACCUCAACAAUACAGCUUAGAUGUUAAUAAUUUUCAAAAUUCAGGUGACGCUGGUAGUCCGCACUUUGAGCUGUCAUCCGCAAACCCCGAUGAAGGGAUCAAUCAGGAAGAUAACAAUCCAAUGCUACAAGGAAUUAACGCACUUGGUUUAGGUCGAGUAUACACAGCAGCUUCUUUGCCCUCCCAUAUUUGGUCAAUAAAUGGUUUUAAAUGUCCAGUCUGCAGCAAAUGCAUUCUACCCGAUGAUAUCGAAUGUCAUAUAGUGAUGUGCCUAACGAAACCGAGAUUGUCAUACAACGAGGAUGUUCUUAGUGAUCCUAAGGGCGAAUGUGUAAUUUGUUUAGAAGAUCUUAUAACUGGAGAUGUUAUUGCUCGCUUGCCAUGUUUAUGCAUUUAUCACAAAGGAUGUAUCGACAAAUGGUUUGAAGUGAAUCGAUCGUGUCCGGAACAUCCUUCUGAUUAGUAAAAGGAUUAUUUUAAAUGAUUUUGAACGAGUGAUUCUAAUGAAAGAGAGUAUCUAGCAGGCGAAUAAGGAAAUGAAUCAAUUAUUUUUACCGAGGAAAACAAAAGAAAUGAUAAAAAUGAUGACAGUGAUUUAAUGAUGGUUUUUGUUACAAGAAUAAAUAUAUACACUAAAAACGGAACGGAAAAGAAGAAUGAAGAAUUAUUGAAACAACAAAAUGUCAUAAAAAAUAACUUGUAAAGUUAAAUAUCAUCAUCAUCUUUCUGACAGUCGACAAACUUCAGAAACGCUCGAGUCCAAAGUUUCGAAAAGGUUUUAUCAUCACAAUCAAAGAUGUUUGUGAAAAUAAUGCAAAAUUUAUUAAUAACAUGAGGGUUGUUAGUUAUUUACUUAUAAUAUUAUUAUACACAAACAUACACACAAAAAAGAAACAAAGUCAUUUUUAUUGUUACUUUUUUAAACUCUCGUGAUUUUUUUUGUUUGUUUUAUAAUUUUUAAUAAAUUUUUAGUGGUUUCAGCCAUUUCGAACACAGUUUUCGUUACUUUGAUCUCGAGCCAUAUUAGCGAGUAAUUCUGGCAUAUAAAAUAAACAACAUUAGAAACAUGAAAACAAUGGAAUCUGUUGCGUCGCGUAACUAAGUAAUUGAUGAUUGAUUGUAUAAAAUAAAAUUUUAAUCAGUUAAUAAAAUUCACGUAUAUAGAUUCUUUGUUUAAAGAAUCGUCUUGGUUUGCAAUUUCAAGCUGACAACAUGAAAAAUGUAAUUUAAAAUUGUUAAAGUUUGUUACAUCUAAGACCAAGCAACUGUCGGUUUUUGUUCGUUGUGAAUUAAUUUCGGCUGAAGACUGGAUUUGAAAUUAAAGUAAUUUCCAUAACUAUCGAAUGAUCUUAAGUUUGUAGUUAAAUAAAUUCCUGCAUAAAUAGAUUUAUGUUGAUGCAAAUAUUUGUUCACAUUGCUCGAGGAGAAGAUAAUGUUUGAAAACAACGCAUUUGCUUGUCAACAACCAACACUCCACUAAAUAAUGAUUGGAAGUUUAUUGUAGUUUUUGUACAAAAAAAGAAAAAAAGGAAAUAAGAGAUGAAUGCAACAUGAAAAAAAUUGUCUUCUGAUUUUAUAAAAAUCUGGGAAUUUUUACUGCUGUAACAUAAAAAAAAAUCAACAAAACUUUAAUGAUUUCUUCAAAUUGUUAAUUUUCUCUUUUAUUUUCAAUCUGAAUAAAUGUGUUUUUCAAGCAUAAAUAUUAAUUAGAA